GUUCCGCGUUGUGUUAUUAGUGAGCGAGAUGCCUGAGCCGGCGAAAUCUGCUCCCGCGCCCAAGAAGGGCUCUAAGAAAGCGGUGACCAAGACCCAGAAGAAGGGGGAUAAGAAGCGCCGCAAGACCCGCAAGGAGAGUUACUCCAUUUAUGUCUACAAGGUGCUGAAGCAGGUUCACCCCGACACCGGCAUCUCUUCCAAGGCCAUGGGCAUCAUGAACUCCUUCGUCAAUGACAUCUUCGAGCGCAUCGCUGGGGAGGCGUCUCGCCUGGCGCAUUACAACAAGCGCUCCACCAUCACCUCCCGGGAGAUCCAGACCGCCGUGCGCCUGCUGCUGCCUGGGGAGCUGGCCAAACACGCCGUGUCCGAGGGCACCAAGGCAGUGACCAAGUACACCAGCUCCAAGUAAUCUCUCUGGUCCCCAAGAGAUGUCAAUUUAAAAA